CUCUGCGUUGUAUGUGCUCCGUAGCAGCAGCAGCAGAAGCAGCAGCAGCACCAGAAGGAGCAGCAGACUCAGCAGCAGCAGCAGCAGCAGCUGAAGGAGUAGCAGCAGCAGCAGCAGCAACAGCGGCAGCAGCAGCAGUGGCAGCAGCAGCAGCGGCAGCAGCAGCAACAGCAACAGCAGCAGCAGCAGAAGGAGCAGCAGCAGCAGCAGCAGCAGCAGCAGUAUCUACAGCCAUCCCCAUCCUCCCCUCCUCUUUGAGCCGCCGCGGGGAGGGGGUGGAGGUGGCGGUUGUGGGGGCAGCGGAGCCGGCGGCGGUGGUGGCGGGGUCGAGGGUGGCAGCAGUGGUGGUGGUGGAGGCAGUGGUGGCUCAUCUGGUAGCCGUGGUGGCCGCCCUGGCACUCUUCCCCCAUGUUCCUAUCUUCGCCGUUUUGGUCCCAGGGCGGGUGACAUUUACGACCCAGCUGUCCCUGACUCCCCUGCUCACUCUGCCUCAUCGCACCAGCAGCAGCAGCAGCAGCAGCAGUAGCAGCAGCAGCAGCAGCAGCAGCAGCAGCAGCAGCAGCAGCAGCAGCAGCAGCAGAAGGAGCAGCAGCAGCAGCAGGUGCAGCAGCAGCAGCGGAUGGAGCAGCAGCAGCAGCAGCAGCAGCAACCGCAGGCAGUGCAGCAACAGCAGCCGCAGCAGGAGGUGCAGCAGCAGCACCAGCAGCAGCCACAGCAGCAGCAGCAGCAGCCACUGCAGCAACCUCAUCGGCAUCGCCGCACCACCUCUCCGCUAUCUUUGCUGAAUGCGAGGCCUUCAUCCGCAAUGCCUCAUUCGUUAACAUUGUCCCCUCUCCUGAAGACGUCAUUGUUGA